AUGGAGAAGAGAGUAAAGAUGGAAGAGCAGAACUUUGCUGGCCAUGAAGCAGGAAACGUCUCCUUCAACAUCCAGGGAGGGAGCAGUGCAGAGCCCUGGGAAAGAAGACUGCAGGGGAACCAGCCUGGGAGCAACACCAGCUCAGAUGUGGAGCGCCAGCGCUUCAGGGACUUCUGCUCCCAGGACACUGAAGGGCCCCGAAAGCUGCAGGGGAAGUUGUCCAAGGCGCCCACAGAUUUCCCUGAGGCAGAGGAGGCUCCGCUGGACAGAGGGAUCUUGGAAGAGGGUUUAGAAGUCCGUGAUAUUCCAUUGAUAGAAGAACGAUUUCAAAGGGAAGAAAAAAGAUUUCAGUGCUUGGAGGGUGAGAAGCAAUUCAGUUGCAACUCACAAGUUAAGCGACAUCAAGUAAUUCAUACAGGGGAGAAGCCCUAUGAAUGCCUGGAGUGUGGAAAGAGCUUCAAUCGCAGCAGCAACCUUAAUAAACAUCAACUAAUUCACACAGGGGAGAAGCCCUAUGAAUGCCUGGAGUGGGGAAAGAGCUUCACUCAGAGCAGCAACCUUAAAAAACAUCAAAGCACUCACGCAGGGGAGAAGCCCUAUGAAUGCCAGGAUUGCGGAAAGAGCUUCAGUUACCGCAGCGACCUUAAUCAACAUCAAAGAAUUCACACAGGGGAGAAGCCCUAUGAAUGCCUGGUUUGUGGAAAGAGCUUCAGUCGCAGAAGCAGCCUUAAUAUACAUCAAAGCACUCACACAGGGGAGAAGCCCUAUGAAUGCCAGGAUUGCGGAAAGAGAUUCAGUCACCGCUGCACCCUUAAUCGACAUCAAAGUAUUCAUACAGGGGAGAAACCCUAUGAAUGCCUGGAGUGCGGAAAGAGCUUCAGUCAGAGCAGCAGCCUUCAUCAACAUCAAAGAAUUCACACACGGGAGAAGCUCUAUGAAUGUCUGGAGUGUGGAAAGAGCUUCAGUCAGAGCAGCAACCUUCAUCAACAUCAAAGAAUUCACACAGGGGAGAACCCCUAUGAAUGCCUGGAGUGUGGAAAGAGCUUCAGUCGCAGAAGCAGCCUUAAUAUACAUCAAAGAAUUCACACAGGGGAGAACCACUAUGAAUGCCUGGAGUGUGGAAAGAGCUUCAGUCGCAGAAGCAGCCUUAAUAUACAUCAAAGAAUUCACACAGGGGAGAAGCCCUAUGAAUGCCUGGAGUGCGGAAAGAGCUUCAGUCGCAGGAGCAACCUUAAUAUACAUCAAAGUAUUCACACAGGGGAGAAGCCCUAUGAAUGCCUGGAGUGCGGAAAGAGCUUCAGUCAGAGCAGCAACCUUAAUCAACAUCAAAGAAUUCACAAAGUUAAGAAGCCCUAUGGAUGCCUGGAGAGCGGAAAGAGCUUCAGUCAGAGCAGCAACCCUAAUAAACAUCAAAGAAUUCACACAAAGGAGAAGCCUUAAAACUGCUCACUGUCCGGAAUGCAAUUCAGUCACAGAUUGCAAUAUCCCUCUCGUCAAACGAUCCAAGUGCUGUGAAUGCUUUGAAUUUGAAAAGCGUUCCAGUUACACCUGUAACCAUCAAAGGAUCCACACAGGCGAGAAGCCCUAUCAGUGCUCAGUUUGCGGAAAGUGUUUCAAUCACAGUGUGAAUCUUAAAGCUGUAGAAAGCGGAAAGAGCUUUGCUUGCAGGACACGCCUGAAAUCGCAUCCUGCAAUUCCCACAGGGGAGAAGCCGUACAAGGGCUCAGUGGGUGGAAAGCUUUGCUCAGGUUGACGUUUUCAUCAGCAAGCAAGGGCCACAACUCAAAAGCCCCUGGGAAGUGGAAGGAGCAGCAGUUAAGCCUUAAGGAUUGUUUAGUAGCCAUUCAAAUGAUGUUGGUGCCAAAAGCAUUUAUUUCUAUUUCAAACAUCACUAAAC